GAUGAGUACGGUGGAGCCAGACGCUGCGGCACAGGAGAACUCCACAACCUCCCAGGAUGAUGGCAUGACUUGGUGGUACCGUCUGCUGUGCCGGCUCGCUGGCGUUGUGGGCGGUAUAUCCUGUGCUGUGGCGGGCCUGUGGAAUUGCAUCACCAUCAAUCCAUUGAAUAUUGCGGCUGGCGUGUUUAUGAUGGUGAAUGCACUUGUUCUGUUUCUCUGCGAGGCUCCAUUUUGCUGCCAGUUCAUCGAAUUUGCAAACACUGUCUCUGAAAAAGUCGACCGUUUGCGGCCAUGGCAGAAGGCCCUGUUUUACUGCGGGAUGGCGCUGUUUCCCGUUUUCCUGAGCUUCACCAUUACCACCCUCUUCGGUAACGCUAUCGCAUUUGCAACUGGAGUUUUAUAUGGGCUGUCUGCACUUGGGAAGAAGGGUGAUGCAGUUUCUUACGCCAAGCUUCAGCAGCAGAAGAAGCAGACAGAUGAAGAGAAGCAGGCCGGAACAUAAAUAAUUCCGAGCCUCACGCCUAGUCUUCUGUAGUUUUAACCAAUUCCGUUUUUUUUGUUUUUUGACGUGAUCUUUUAAAGACUUUUGGAUCCUGUGUGAACCUCUUUGCAUCUCAGAAUGGAGCUUGCAGUCAUUUUUUAUAACUGACGGUCUAGUUUUAUAACAAGCUUCAGAUUUUGGAACUCUUACUGGCAAACAUUACAAGUUUUGUCAAGCACAAAAAGGGAAAUCUCGCGUCGUCUUCAGAUUCUGAUUGUAAAAAG